GUCCGUGGCGCAACGUGCGCAUGCGACGUAGGGACGUGGCCCCGCCUCAUGCGGCGCCCGUACACGUGAGAGGGCUGGAUUUGCCCUCUUGUCUUCGGAGCCGCUAGUCUGCGGUUCACGUCGCACAUCUAAAACGGAUCGCGCAGAGAAGGCCAGGAUUUGUUUGUAAGGCAGUGCCUGUCUGCACAUCAGUAUGUAUCCCGUUGGGGGGAUCUCUGCAACCAUAAACGCCAACAGGCUGCGAGCAGAAGGCAUGGGCUCCAACGAGCAUGCGAUCCACUUCUCCAACCAGGACUACGAGGCACUGAAACAACAGUGCAUUGAGUCUGGCUGCCUCUUUGAAGACCCCUGUUUCCCCGCAGAGCCCCCGUCGCUUGGCUUCAAAGAGCUUGCUCCCUACUCUGCAAAAACCAGAGAUGUGGAGUGGAUGAGACCUCCGGAACUAGUGAAUCAGCCUCAAUUCAUUGUAGGUGGUGCCACCAGGACGGACAUCUGCCAAGGAGCAUUGGGGGACUGCUGGCUCUUAGCGGCCAUUGCUUCUCUCACCCUAAAUGAUAAGCUGCUUCAUCGUGUAGUCCCACAUGGCCAGUCCUUUGAUGACAGCUACGCUGGAAUUUUUCACUUUCAGUUUUGGCAAUUUGGCGAAUGGGUAGAUGUCGUCAUAGAUGACCGACUUCCUGUCAAAGAUGGUGAGCUGAUGUUUGUGCAUUCUGCUGAGGGCAAUGAAUUCUGGAGUGCUCUGCUGGAGAAGGCUUAUGCCAAGCUGAAUGGCACAUAUGAGGCUCUGUCUGGAGGAAGCACGACUGAAGGUUUUGAGGACUUUACAGGUGGUGUGUCAGAGUGCUAUGAACUCAGCAAAGCUCCCAGAGAUCUGUACAAAAUCAUCCGGAAAGCUCUGGAUAGAGGCUCUCUGCUGGGCUGCUCCAUUGAUAUCACAAGUGCUUUUGACAUGGAGGCUGUAACAUUCAAGAAACUGGUGAAGGGCCAUGCCUAUUCAGUCACUGGACUGAAGGAGGUGGAUUACCAUGGUAGACUGGAGCGUUUAAUCCGGAUUCGUAAUCCUUGGGGACAGGUGGAGUGGACCGGUGCCUGGAGUGACAACUCUUCUGAAUGGGAGCAAAUUGAUCCAUCUGAACGAGAUGAAGUGCACUUGCAGAUGGAAGAUGGAGAGUUCUGGAUGGCCUUCAGUGAGUUCCUGAGACAGUUUUCCCGACUUGAAAUCUGCAACCUAACUGCCGAUGCACUGAAGGAGGACACUCUCAGCUACUGGAACACCAUCAAGUUUCAUGGUACAUGGAGGAGAGGCAGCACUGCUGGAGGCUGCAGGAACAAUCCCAACACAUUCUGGAUCAACCCUCAGUAUAAGAUCACUUUGCUGGAGGAGGAUGAUGAUCCCGACGAUGACGAGGUCGCUUGUAGCUUCUUGGUAGCAUUGAUGCAGAAGGACCGCCGCAGAUACCGCCGACACGGGCAGGAUAUGCACACCAUUGGCUUCGCGCUUUAUGAGAUUCCAGAGGAGUUUAAAGGCUGCCAGAAUGUCCACUUAAAGAAGAAUUUCUUUUUGAGCAAUCAGUCAUGUGCUCGCUCUGAGACUUUCAUUAACCUGCGUGAGGUGAGCACACGGCUCCGUCUACCUCCUGGAGAGUACCUCAUCGUCCCCUCCACCUUUGAGCCCGGUAAAGAGGCUGACUUUGUCCUCCGAGUCUUCACUGAGAAGCAAUCAGAAACAGAAGAACUGGACGAUGAAAUCUCGGCCGAUUUAGGUGAAGAGGAUGAAAUAACUGAAGAUGACAUUGAUGAUUCCUUCAAGUCCAUGUUUGCACAACUAGCUGGCGAGGACAUGGAGAUUUCCAUUCGGGAGCUGAAAACCAUUCUGAACAGAGUCGUCUCGCGCCAUAAAGAUCUGAAGACGGACGGCUUCAGUAUGGAGUCCUGCAGAACCAUGGUCAACCUUAUGGAUAAAGAUGGAAGUGCUCGUUUGGGAGUGGUGGAGUUCCAGGUUCUUUGGAACAAGAUCCGAAAAUGGCUGCUUAUUUUUCGACAGUUUGAUCUUGACAAGUCUGGUGCCAUGAGUUCCUAUGAGAUGCGUCUUGCUGUGGAGGCAGCAGGUUUUAAACUGAACAACAGACUAAAUGAGAUUCUGGUGGCCCGGUAUGCAGAGAAUGAGAUGAUCGAUUUUGAUAACUUUAUUUGUUGCUUGGUCAAGCUUGAAGCCAUGUUUAGGUCUUUCCUACAAUUUGACAAAGAGGCAUCAGGAGUGGCUGAAUUGACUCUCAUCGAAUGGCUGUACCUGACCAUGUGUGGUUGAAGAGGACUACUAAUUGAGGGACAGCAGCAGCCUGUUGUGAUUGUUUUAACUCAGCCUUGAUAAUCCAGUAACAUUUCCCACCGUGGCGUAUCCAAGUAGCAAAGAAACUGCAUUAAACACAUCAAAAAGUCCAUCCAGGCCGAGGGUCUCCCACUAGAAACUAUGCAAACCUAAAGUAUGCAGCUAUCACUCCCGCAUGAGUAUAUGCGUAACCACAGAAUAAGUUAUUUGCAUGGUGGUAUUUCUAUAUUUUAGGUUGGCUGUCUGACCCUAUUAUAGUAUUUUGCAAUGAAAACAUGUUCAGUUAGUGCUCUGAAAUUGUUUUUAAUCUCACUGACAGUUUUCCCUACUUGUAUGACUUUUUUUUUUUUUAACAGGAUUGUGUUAAUUCAAUUUCACACUCACAGGUGGCAAUGCAGACUCAAGCUCAUGACUUGUCUUUUUAACUUUCCUUUUGUUGUUAGAAAUAUGAAGCAGAUCUAUGGGGGGUUUUAGCCCAAGGUUUUAUUUUGCACUGAAUCUUUUGAAGGAAGCUCCUCACAAAUGCCUCACACUGAGAAGUCACUAACAUUUACAGGGAUCAUAUUAAGAAUGCCUUACUUGUCAUUAGCAAUGAAUGGCUAAAUUAAAAACGUGCCAGUUUUGUGUUCAGAAUGUGUUGUGCCUUCAAUAAAUAUUGUCAUUAACAUUA